CAUUUGACAAGAAUAAGUAUGUUUUAAAAAGUGUGGUAUCUUUGCCAUUAUCGUGGAAAUGGCAUUUUUACUGUGCACAAGAUCUCAUAAAGACCAGGUUUUAUUUCAAACCUUUUCCCGUAAAGCGAACUAAAGAUUGUAACGAACUUUUGAUCCCAUUUGGAAACGCUUUUUGUAAAAGUACUGUUGCUAAAUAUCUGGAGUUGGACUUGAGGAAACCCCAUCUGAUUGAUAGUUUAAAGUUCAAAGGUCACCCAAAUACCGCGAGGCAAAGUUAUGCAACGCGUGUUACAGUCAUGUACAGUACAGAUCGUAUAUCUUGGCUGCCAAUCAAAAAUCGUUAUUUGGAGGAGUGGCAUUUUGCGGCCAAUGUUGGACCAGCAGAUACACGGCAUCAAUUGUUGAGCCCGCGAGUCAGAGCUCGUCAUUUGAGGAUUAUUCCAUACAGAGGAAAGAAUGAUAUGUGUUUCAUAGUGGAAGUAUACGGCUGUUCAAAGGAGCCGUGGAUUAAAGCUAAGAAAGAAGUUAUAGAAAAAGCGAAGAGAAUUGGUUUCGAUAUGUGGCACGUUGUUGUCUCGAAGUGGAAUCGAGGCAAAACUCUGGAGAUCAAAUGCUUUCCUAACAAAGCUAAAUUUGAUGGCGUGCAGAAUAUCUACGAAGUUCACGGGAUCUACGAUAUUCCGUUGAAAACAAACAACGGUCUUGUCACGCUAGGCAAGAUUAAAGAAACGACAAUUUAUAAAUGUGUAGCCCGCGAUACAAAAGAACGUGUAGUCAGCACUCAACUGUACAUCGUUACCAUUACUGGUGUUCCUUUCCUCAUGCCUGUACAAGAACAAGGACUUUUGCAUCAAGGAGGAAUGCCUGUUCUCAAUCCAUUUGGAACAAUCUGGGCGUACGAACCUGGUACUGCCAAAAUAACUUUUCUCCAUUUCAUGGAUAAAACAUACUCGUAUGAAUUCUAUGGUUAUUUCAACGAAUAUUCAUGGCCUUAUUUCUACUUGAACGAUCUUGGGCCUGCCAACACCAAAGAGAAAUGCUUUCAACUUGCGCUUUUGGCAAACCAACGUUAUUUCGUGUUCCCAGAGGACAGACGAGGAUGUUUCUCUAGCUGGGCUCUUCCUUUUGUGGCAGAACCAAUUGAAAGCUUGAACUAUCAAUCACUCAUCAACAGCAGCAGAACAGUCAUGUACAUCGUGCAACAGACUCGCAAGCCUUACGAAGUUCAGUGGGUAAAAGGCGACAAAGCAAUUGGAAUUUACUCAGUAGAUUCUGAGGAAACCAAAGAUUCUCCUAUCUUCAAAUAUUUGCCUCACGGAGUCGGAAAGUACCGAUUUACUCACGAUAGUUAUUCAACGACGCAUGGCUAUGAUUCUCAUAGCUUGUUGAUUAAAGAUUUUAGAGCGAGUGAUGCAACAGAUUUCACCAUCAAGAUCUUUUCGAAACGACGUAAAAGUAUUCAUUGGGGCAAAUUUUUCAAGCCGAACUUCCUAUACAGUCGCUCCAUAUCCUUACGCCACUUUAGUGAGCCACGAAUUGAUCUAUCUAAAACAGGAGGAGCAUGUCUUAAUCAUAAUUUGACCAUCACCGCCAAGCCAAUAAGAGGAGAAUAUAUCGAAGCAGAAGAAUGGGAAGUUGAAUGGAGAAAAAUCGUUAACGGGACAGCUUUAAAGACAAAUAUGGAAACAGAUGAUCCAUUUAUAUUGAGAACUGACCGCGCGACGUCCAAUCAUUCUGGAGUAUAUCGCAUCCGAGUAAAGAAUCGUUAUGGAUUUGCUGAGGGAUUGAUUAAUGUGCACGUCGUUGAACGACUACCCUCUAUCUUAUCUGUGACAUCAUCACCUCACGUCGUAGUGGAAGAUUCGUCUGAUAUUUUACAAAUUGACGUCGAAAACGCACACGAGUUAUCAACUAUCAAUUGGUAUCACAACGACAAAUUGAUCUCCUUUGAAGACAGACAUUACACUUUUCCAGGUAUGACUUCUUACAACCAGCACAAACAAAUGAUUAAAAAAUAUUGUGUUUGUGAUAUUUCUCAAAAAAAAAAUAGUAGAACUGUUCUCUCGGGCAAAACUCGAAAUACAUCGAUCACGAAGAUUCAUAAUCCAGUAGCCAUAUACUAA